CAUCGCAAGGAAUUGAGGGAUAGGUGCACCUUCUCCCAUGGGGAACUAGAUACCUAGGAAGAUGAGAGAACAGUGAGUUAGUGGCCCAAUUCAGCCAGGCUUUCUUACUUCUUCCAUUCCACAGGGGACUGAGACGCCUACUAUGUGGCAGCUCCAGUGCUGGGAUCUGAGAAUACUGAGAAAUGUGAUAAUGGAUCAUCAUGUUUCUACCAUCAAACCUCGAAGAAUCCAAAACCAGAAUGUCAUUCACCGGUUGGAACGCCGGCGGAUCAGUUCAGGCAAGGCAGGUACCCACUGGCACCAGGUCCGAGUGUUUCACCAGAAUGUCUUCCCCAACUUCACAGUUGUCAACGUUGAAAAGCCACCUUGUUUCUUACGCAAAUUCUCACCUGAUGGGCGCUACUUUAUUGCUUUCUCUUCUGACCAGACUUCCCUCGAAAUCUAUGAGUACCAGGGUUGCCAGGCAGCAGAAGACUUACUACAGGGAUAUGAGGGGGAGAUCCUGUCUAAUGGCAAUGACCAACGGUCAGUCAACAUCCGGGGCCGGCUCUUUGAACGCUUUUUUGUCUUGCUUCACAUUACCAAUGUUGCAGCCAAUGGUGAGCACCUGAACCGGGAGUGUAGCCUCUUCACCGAUGACUGCCGCUGUGUCAUUGUGGGCUCUGCAGCCUACCUCCCGGAUGAGCCUCACCCUCCUUUCUAUGAAGUGUAUCGAAACAGUGAAUCAGUGACCCCAAACCCACGGUCCCCUCUAGAGGACUAUUCCCUGCAUAUCAUUGACCUUCACACUGGACGCUUGUGUGAUACACGCACAUUUAAAUGUGAUAAAGUGGUCCUGUCACACAACCAAGGGCUGUACUUGUAUAAAAACAUCCUGGCCAUCCUGUCUGUGCAGCAGCAGACCAUCCAUGUCUUCCAGGUGACCCCUGAAGGCACUUUCAUUGACGUGCGGACCAUUGGCCGCUUCUGCUAUGAGGAUGACCUGCUCACUGUGUCGGCUGUCUUCCCCGAGGUACAGCGGGACAGUCAGACAGGCAUGGCCAACCCCUUCAGAGAUCCGUUCAUUAACUCCCUGAAACACCGGCUGCUGGUUUAUCUAUGGCGCCGGGCAGAACAGGAUGGCAGCGCAAUGGCCAAGAGGCGUUUCUUCCAGUACUUUGACCAGCUGCGGCAGCUGCGCAUGUGGAAAAUGCAGCUUCUGGAUGAAAACCAUCUGUUUAUCAAGUAUACAAGUGAGGAUGUGGUGACACUGCGGGUCACAGAUCCGUCUCAGGCAUCUUUCUUUGUGGUGUACAAUAUGGUGACAACUGAGGUGAUUGCUGUGUUUGAGAAUACGUCAGAUGAGCUUUUGGAGCUGUUUGAGAACUUCUGUGAUCUAUUCCGCAACGCUACGCUGCACAGUGAGGUCCAGUUUCCUUGCUCAGCCUCGAGCAACAAUUUUGCAAGGCAGAUCCAACGCCGGUUCAAAGACACGAUUAUAAAUGCCAAGUAUGGCGGGCACACAGAGGCGGUACGCCGGCUGCUGGGUCAGCUCCCCAUCAGUGCCCAGUCUUACAGUGGCAGCCCCUACCUGGACUUGUCCCUCUUCAGCUACGAUGACAAGUGGGUGUCAGUCAUGGAGCGACCCAAGACCUGUGGAGACCACCCUAUCAGGUUCUAUGCCCGCGACUCUGGGCUGCUCAAGUUUGAGAUCCAGGCUGGCUUACUGGGCCGCCCCAUCAACCACACAGUGCGUCGCCUCGUUGCCUUCACCUUUCAUCCUUUUGAGCCUUUUGCCAUUUCCGUACAGAGGACUAACGCGGAGUAUGUUGUCAACUUCCACAUGCGACACUGCUGCACGUAGGUGCCUCAUCACAGCCAGGCUGUCUGACCUUGCACGACUUUGCCGGCUUCUUUUCUCAGUGGACUCUGGGGCAGAUGUACCUCCUGCCCCCUCUGUGGGUUCCAGGCUGGCCUACCAGAGAGAGGAGCGAGUGGCUUGACCUAAUGAGACUUCUGUUGUAAACAGUACUACUGCCGGUCAAUAUAAGGUCCUCUUGUCUUUUCCCUGUGGGAAUGCUCAGCAUUAAUUAAAUCCACUUAAUUUGUGUUUAGCAUUGUAUUGCUGUGGAGAUAAAAGCAUUACACCUUUGCCUCCUUCAUCUCACUUCCUUGGCAUUAUGGUUUGCGGCCAGAAGCAGGUAAAUCUCAUUUACACACGAGAGCUGUGUAUGUCCUCACCUUUUACCUAGUAAGCAGGGCUGUCUUUAUAAGAAAUAAUUAAAGCCUUGGUAUUUUCUUACUUAAAUAUA